UUUAUCUAAAUAAGGAUAACUUCUAAGUUACCGCCUAAUUCUCCCUCAUUUGAUUCUGAGAGCUUGGCAGAUAACAAAUGGAAACAUGGAUAUCUCGCGUGGUUGACAUGUGAUGAACCUGGGAGGAUGUAUUCUUUUUGCUGUUCUCUUAGCCCCGUUGUUGAACUUUUGGCAGCGAGUUCCGUUUUAUAUCACUUAUUUCUGUCCUGUAUCUAGCUGGAAAACAAGGAUCAAUUUGAACUCCCACAUGCCUAUAAUUACAUCGCAUACUUAUCUAUUGUAUUUCGAUUUCCUCAAGCGACAUACACGGAUUUGUGAUUAUCUACAUGCGUUAGUAAUCCAUCAUUGCUCUGGUUGAUCGUCGGUAGAAUGACUCGAACCAAAGAAAGCAGACAGGCAUAAACCUGCUUACUUCUAAAGGGGAGUGCUUCUGCCACGCCCCUAUCGAUCCA